CUCAUGGAUGGGAAGAAUAGCAGCUGUCAAAAUGUUGGUAUUGCCUAGACUGCAAUAUCUCUUCCGAACACUCCAGAUAAAAUUGCCAAAACAAUUUCUCAAGGAGUCUCAAAGAUGUAUAACUCAAUUUGUCUGGGGGGAAAACGUUCUAGGGUAGCGGCAGAUGUCAUGUAUAAACCUUUCAAAGAGGGCGGGAUGGGGAUGCCAAAUAAAGCACGAUACUAUAAGGCAGCUAUGAUAAGCACACUAAUAAACACGUUUCAUUAUACCAACCCACCACCAUGGAGUCAAAUGGAAACUGCCCAGGCGGCGGGGCUCACAAUACCAAUGCUGGCCUGGCUGCCUAACGCGUAUAGACCCAAGCACCAUAAAAUUAGCCCGACAACGGCAGCGACACUCCAGGCCUGGGAUGAGCUCAUUGGGAGAAGCUGCUUAGACAUGUACAUAUCCCCAGCUCUGCCACUCCAAGCACACAAAGUCCUUAUCCCGGGUUUCGACUAUAACUUGUGGAACAAACAUGGGGUCACAUAUCUAUCGUAA